GCAUUGAAUCCCGCUUAUUAGUUCGCCGAGUGUCGUAGCCAAUGGUUCGGUUCAGUCCAGAUCUUCUACGGGUUCCCGGGUUCGUCUGGUGUUACUAGUUCUGAAACGGUCGUUUUAUAUCACUGUGUGGAUUUUUGAUGGUUUUACCUGGGAAAUACUGAAAUCAGUGCUCGUGAAUUUUGGAUUUCCAUAAAUUGUGAUUCUGAGUGGAUAACAAUUGCAAUUGCUCGGGAAAAAGUUCAGUAGCCAACCGACCCAUCGGAGUGAGCAGAAAGCUGGUGGUGUUCAAAAUGCCUCGGAGCAAUCCGGGUAUCGAGUACCUUUUCAAACUCGGCUAUACACUGGUGUUCGUGACGAUCGGGCUUAUGAUAUGGGCGUCACUAGUAGAAACUCGGGAGUUCGAUGUUUCCCGCCAUCCGCCAUGUGCCUUCAACGCACUUUGCACCUGCUCAAAGACUGCCCCCGAUCUGGGAGUGGUGGACUGCCGUCACGUAUCGUUCCCAGCGAUUCCGCGAGUGAUAAACAACUCGAAAUUGUUCAUGCUACACAUGGAUGACACCGGACUGCUUGAUAUAGAACCGUAUUUCUUUCAAGCCACCGGUCUGUAUAGACUGGACAUAUCGAACAAUCCUAUCACGGAAAUCCCGGAUGAAGCGUUCUUCGGCCUGGAACGGUCUCUAUGGGAGUUGAUACUUCAGAACAACCAGCUGAUAGAAGUUCCCUCGAGAGCGAUUCGGCAUCUGGCAAAACUUCGAAUGCUCAAUUUACGUGGAAAUGAUAUCUCUGCCAUCGAGUCGGGUGCCUUCAGAGGCCUGGACAAAUCGCUUCAAACGCUGAUUCUAGCCGAUAACUCGAUCUCGCAGAUUGCCUACAGCAGCGUAAGCGGUUUACCCAAUCUGGAAACAAUAGAUCUUAGCGGGAAUAACCUGAUCCAAGUAGAUCCUGCUGCGUUCAAAGAUGGGCUUAACAAACUAUCGAAAGUUUAUCUUGGCAACAAUCUUCUCACACAAAUUCCGUACAGUGCCCUUCAACCGCUGAGCAUGCUGCGUGUGCUCGACCUUGCCAACAAUCAUAUCAAGAACUUUGGAUCAACUGAAACAAACGCCAACUACAAGUUAACUCUAGACGUAUUUCAGUUGCAGUACAAUUCGAUCAGUGAAGUACCCUCGAACUCGUUCACUUUUUUCGAUACUAUUAACUCCACAUUUCUCGACGGAAAUCCGAUAAAUCAUAUCGAAGACAACGCUUUCCGACAGGCAAAAAUGCGAGAACUGUACAUUCGUCACUGCGGGCUGGACACCAUCUCUCCACAGGCAUUCUCGGGACUCGAAAGCUCGUUGAAAAUCCUUGAUCUCUCUGGGAACAAUAUCACCCAUUUAUCGAAUACUUUGUUCAACGGUUUCGAUAACUUAAGAUUCUUCAACCUCAAGGACAAUGUUAUCAAGCAGGUUGAUCGUAAUGCGUCCCCAUUCACGAAUCUAAAUUUGUACAGGCUAGACACCACAGGCAAUCAGAACCAGCCUGUCACUCUGGAGCAUUUAUCAAAAAUGAAAAGCCUUCGCUCCCUAGCUACAUCAUUCAUGCCUUCGGUUCAACUCGGCCCGGACGAUUUCACCAACUUUAGCCAAGAGCUCGAAGAACUGAAGAUAACACGCGCCAGUUUGAAAGUCCUAAACAACCAUGCCUUCAUCAAUCUACGCGGUCUGAAACGGUUGGACCUCAGCGAGAACCGCAUCGACAAAAUCGAAGCGAAUGCUUUUACAGAAAUAGGACAUUCGCUGGUCUCCCUCCGAAUAUCGCACGGCUUCAGCUCACAGAUGCAGCAAAUCCCGCACGAAUCAUUCCGGCAACUGACCUCGCUGGAAGCGCUAGAUCUCAGCAACAACAAACUGAAAUCGCUAGCGGAUAACAGCUUGCACUUCAUGAAGAAUCUCGUCAGUCUGGAGCUGCACGACAACCAGAUCGAAAAACUCCAGAAAGGCAUUCUGCAAGCCGACAUACACACCAAGCUGGCGCUGGUAUCGUUCAGGUACAACAAUCUCAAACAAAUACCGUCCCAUUCCUUCGUGGAUCUGGGGGAACUUAAUACGCUCUAUUUGGACGACAAUCGGAUCGAAACGAUCGAAAAGCGAGCGUUUAUGAACCUGGACCAUCUCAAGCUGUUGAAUUUGCGGGGAAACAAGCUGCACAAAAUCGCUGCGGAAGCUUUCCAGAAUCUUCCAGAGCUCGAGAAACUUGAUCUGGCUUACAAUGUGCUAGAUUCCUUCGAAUUCGAUUAUUUCGACCAGGUUGGUUCACUGACCUCGUUGGAAGUAGACGUAAGCCAUAAUCGGAUUAGAGCGCUUGGAGAAACGUUCGAGGUGCCCGUUAACGACUCAUCAGCAGCCGUGCCGAACCACGUGUACAAUGACCGGGACUACAUGUUUUCGCAUGUCAACAUAAAAACACUGGACAUGUCUAGCAACAACAUUACCAAAAUAGCCAGCGGCUAUUUCAAACCGGUCGAGAUGUCGCUGAUGAAACUAUCACUUGCGUCAAAUCAGCUUUUCAACGCAAGCCGCGAUGUGUUUGGAAAUAUGCCCCAUUUGCAAUGGUUGGAUCUGGAGUAUAAUCGGAUUAGCGAAAUGGAUUAUGAUACGUUCAAGUAUACCAGAAAAAUACAGGUGCUCAAAUUAUCCCACAACAUGAUUUCGGAUAUUCCCAUGGAUCUGUUCCGUAACAUGCCGGCCCUUCGGAUACUGGAAAUGGCUCAUAAUAAUCUAAAAUAUUUACCAGACAGUCUAGUGUUCGAAGAAGGCUUAGAGCGUUUGGAUUUAUCUCACAAUCAGUUCACUAAAAUACCUGUUACUUCACUAUCAAACUUGGCCGCACUUGCCUUGUGCGAACUUGAUUUGAGUCACAACCACAUUGGAGCAAUUCAUAGCGUUGAUUUAUCCAACAAAUUCAGAUCUUUGUCGGUUCUGGACCUAUCCAAUAACAGAUUAGUUAGACUUGAAGAUGCUGCAUUUGCGACUCUACCACGGCUCUCGUGGCUAGACCUGUCCCAUAACGACGAACUAGAGGUCAUGGGUAAAGCAUUUAUCGGUCUUGAAAAAAGUCUCAUUGAGCUCCGCCUAUCGAAUGUUUCUCUGAAUACGGUUCCAGAGUUGAGCAAUCCUUCACUUCGCAUUCUGAAAAUUUCACACAACGAUCUGCCAUCGAUUCCAGCUGAACUGGCUACCAAUAUGGCUUCACUGAGAGAACUUGACCUGUCUGAAAAUGAUCUGACACAUGUACCAAUAAUCACGCACUCCUUACCGAACUUGAAAUCCUUAUCUCUCGCUGGAAAUCCUAUAACACUGAUGACUAACACCAGUUUGCUCGGAGUAGCAGACUCGUUGGAACACCUUGAUAUUGCUAACCUAAAUUUAAAUGGGUUCGAAAAUGGUGUACUUAACAAAUUACACUUCCUAAGAACACUACGAAUCUCAUCAUAUCCUCAUAUACCCAGCUUCAACAUUCCAAAAAUUCUGGAGAGCGCACAUAACCUACGUGAACUAUGGAUACAGGCUCCUAAGUCGUUUGAACCAUUUGACCAUUCUUCGAAACCGGUAUCAGCAGUUCCCAGCGAUUUACGUGGAGAAAUGGAUGGUCUUUUGCCGCGAAAGCUGAAAAGCAUCACAUUCGGAGGCUUCGGCUUCAAUCGUCUCGCCGACAAUAUCCUGCAGGGUAUUCAAUCCGCUGAUUUGCACGUUUCGUUCUUCAAUACUUCUCUUGCGGGUCUGCCGACUGAUUUGUUCAAAAACAUGGGAAAAUUUGUACGGAAUAUCUCUCUGGAUCUGGAGUAUAACAACCGUUUGUUGAAGUCUGUUCCCAACCCGAACACGGCUCAUUACUUACACUUACCGGAAAAUAUGUUUCUAACGGAUUUGCGAAUCUCGGGAAACUCAUUGGUUUGCGAUUGUGAAUUAGGUUGGGUCGAGUUUUGGCAACGCAAACGGCGCCAGUACAUGUGUCCCGCCCAACCAUGGAUAGAAAACAGCAGUUUCAAUAGCUACUUCCGGAAUCACGUUCCGUCGAUGAUGUCGCAAACGAGUGACGAUUGCGAGCAAUCGGCGGAUAAUCUACGCGAAGCUACCUGCAGCAAUAAGAAGAACGAAAAUUUGUUGGAGGUACUGAAAACGGAACUUGAAUGCGGCUGGGGAAGCGGCGCUACACGACUGCGUAUCGUGCCAGCGAUAGCGUUCGUGUCUGUGUUUGUAGUAGCACUGAUCUGACUUAUGCGACACCUGUUCAAGAUGUACAGUGAGUUCUACGAUUACCUCGAGCAGCUGUACAGCGAUAGAAGCACGAUGAACGGAACGGCUGCCGCCGUGUCGUGUGCCGACGAUUAUGGUAGUGAAUUCGAUCUUGAGUUGGAUGAUUUUUAGAAGCUGUUAUUCUUGUUUGUCUUUUGUUGUUUGCAGUGUGACAAUUAUAAUUUGUUCAAAUUUUAUAACACGUGGCUCAAGUCUUUAGCUUUUUUGAUAAGCGUUACAAUGCCAUUUUGUGAAUUCAACGUGCCAAAUCGUUUAUAAUAAUAUAAUAAAAAGUUAAUGAAAAUCA